AAGCAAGCGGAGUGAAACGCUGAGGAAAUGUUGAGCGGCAAUGUGACAGGGGACAGUCAGGUGCGGAAUAGGUGCCUCAGGAAUAUUCUGAAUAGGAUGGCACUGGAGACUCUACUGCCUUGGAGGAGUUUUUAUGCUAAUUAAGGAAACCACAAGAUACCUCAAUCUUUACUCUCGGCGAAGCAGAGUGGAAAAACAAAACAAAACGCCUCCCACGGACAAUAAAAGCAAACUCGUAAAAGACUCAGAAACUCAACUGGGAAAAAAGCUGUUAAUUCAUUGACCAGCUGAGUAAUAUCCAGCAAAAUCUUCCAAGAGACAAUGAAUUUAAAAUUUGGGACCCAAAGGUAUAAGAAUGGCAGUGGAAUUAUCAGAAGGGCCUUUGAUAAUGAUGCUUCCUGCUUGUCCAAAACAAGGGUACUCAUGCAGCAGGAAAGUUGAAUAUGAAUUUUGCCACAAGAAGAUGGUUCUACCUACCUCUGGGCUGCAUGAUGCUGAUGAAUCUGAUUAACGCGGAUUUUGAAUUUCAAAAGGGGGUGCUUGCCAGCAACAGCCCAGGGAUCAUGGAAGACAUUGAUCUCCAGUGCUGGAAUGCUUGCUCCUUGACACUGAUAGAUCUCAAGGAAAUCAAGAUAGAGCACACUGUGGAUUCUUUCUGGAAUUUCAUGUUGUUCCUGCAAAAAUCCCAGCAGCCUAGACAUUAUAAUGUCUUCUUAAGCAUAGCUCAGGAUUUCUGGGACAUGUAUGUAGACUGCUUGCUUUCAAGAUCCCAUGGAAUGGGCAGAAGACAGGUGAUGCCUCCCAAGUAUAAUUUUCCACAGAAGAUAACAGGAGGUAAUUUAAAUGUGUACUUAAGAGAAUAG